GAGAGCUGGAGAGGCAGCCACUGUGUGAGCUCGUCCACAACGCUCUGAGCAGGUAGAGCGAGCACAGGCAACAGAGGGAGAGGCGGAGAGAGAGAGAGUUCAGGGGGAUACCGAGGGAGGGAGGAAGUCCGUCUAGUCACCUGAAGAUUACUUUGUCUCACUUCUUUCACCCUGAGUGCUGGAAGGAGCAGCGAGGAAAGAGCUGAGUUGAUCAGGAGGUGCCAGCUCUCUCUUGUCUUUUUUUCUUCUGCAUGGGAGUCAGCUGGACGUCUCUGCAAAAAGACCCGGUGAUCAGCCUCCACUGGAAAGACUGAGAAACAGAAACCAGCUCGCCAAGGAGAGAAAAAGUGAGAAAACUGCAGUACAUGACACUUCCUGCAAAGGAAGAGAAGUUUUGCAGAAAAUCUAUGACUGACAGCUUUUAAAGCAAAAUGAUGUAACUAUGGCAAGAAGUGUCUCCUUGGACCAGAAAACAACCUAUGAGUACAUGACAUCACACCAACAGUAGCCAGAAAGAAGGGUACCAGGAAACAACUGUACUUGUGAAGAAACUACUACUCUGUGCUUAACGAUGGGAGACCGAUUGUAUCUUCCAGCAGUUGCUAGCGCCUUGCUCCCCGUGGCCCUUGGCAUAUUGACCCUUCUUCCUCACAGCCUUUUGGGUAAGCCCGCAGGGGAGGAAAACGCAGGCAGCUCAGCACUGCUCCAGAGGGUGAAGAGAGGCUGGGUGUGGAACCAGUUCUUUGUCUUGGAGGAAUACACCGGACUGGAACCACUUUAUAUUGGAAAGCUCCACUCAGACAUGGAUAAAGGUGACGGCUCCAUUAAGUACAUCCUGACGGGCGAGGGCGCAGGUACCACCUUCACUAUCGAUGACAGCACCGGGGACAUCCACGCCAUCCAAAGGCUAGACCGGGAGGUGAAGGCCCAGUACAUCCUUCGCGCCCAGGCCCGCAACCGCCUGACGGACAGGCCUCUGGAGCCUGAGUCCGAGUUUAUUGUGAAGAUCCAGGACAUCAAUGACAAUGAGCCGAGGUUUCUGGAUGGGCCCUACCAAGCAUCUGUACCCGAAAUGUCCAAAAUAGGAACAUCUGUGAUCCAGCUGACGGCUACAGAUGCCGACGACCCAACGUACGGCAACAGUGCUCGGGUGGUCUACAGCAUCCUGGAGGGCCAGCCUUAUUUCUCAGUGGACGCCAAGACUGGCGUAGUCCGUGUGUCCCUUGCAGACAUGGACCGGGAGACCAGAGAAAACUACACCGUGGUCAUCCAGGCCAAGGACAUGGGCGGCCAACUGGGAGGUCUCGCUGGUACCACCACUGUCAACAUCACACUCAGUGACAUCAAUGAUAACCCACCCAUGUUUGACCAGAGGCUGUAUCAGAUGAGCGUCCCAGAGUCUGCUCCCGUGGGCUCGGUGGUGGGUCGUAUCUGGGCGAAGGACAGAGACAUCGGGGUCAACGCUGAGAUGAAGUACAGCAUCAUCGAUGGAGAUGGAAGGGACACCUUUGACAUCACCACCGACCCCACCAACCUUUUUGGCAUCAUCAUUGUGAAAAAGCCACUGAACUUUGAGGGCAAGCCCAGUUAUACUCUGAAAGUGGAGGGCGCCAACACCCACUUGGACCCUGCCUUACGCCACCGUGGGCCCUUCAAGGAUGUCACCAUCGUGCAUGUGAGCGUGGAGGACGUGGACGAGCCCCCGCUGUUUGACUUGCCAGCGUACUACAUCGAGCUGUCAGAGGAUGCUGAGAUCGGGACGGUGGUGAAGACGGUGUCAGCGAGGGAUCCCGAUGCUGCCAACAACACUGUGAGGUAUUCCAUCGAGAGGUCCAGCGACCCCGAGAAGUUCUUCUACAUCGAAAUCACUUCUGGGUCGCUGAUGACAGUGCGUCCACUGGACCGAGAGGAGAUUGGCUGGCACAACAUAACAGUCCUCGCCAUGGAGAUGAAUAACCCCACACAGAUCUCGAGUGUGUCGGUGGCUGUUAAGGUCCUGGACGUGAAUGAUAAUCCUCCCUCGCUGACGCACUACUUGGAGGCUUAUGUGUGUGAAAACGCCAAAGCAGGGCAGCUGAUCCAAACUGUGACGGCGGUGGACCCAGAUGAGCCGCUGGGCGGACAACACUUCUACUACAGCUUAUCUCCGGAGGUCGCCAACAACCCCAACUUCACCCUGAGAGACAACCAAGACAACACAGCGUGGAUCCUGACGCGGCGCGGAGGCUGGUCACAGCAGGACCAGACCGUCUUCUACUUGCCCAUCUUCAUCUCUGACGGCGAGCAGCCGGUCCAGACCAGCACCAGCACUCUGACCAUCCGCGUGUGCAGUUGUGACCAGGAGGGCAACGUCAUGUCGUGCAACGCCGAGGCGUACAGCCUGCCCGCAAGCCUCAGCAGAGGAGCACUCAUCGCCAUCCUGGCCUGCAUCUUUGUCCUGCUGGUGAUGAUUCUACUCAUGCUUUCCCUGCGCACCCAUCGUAAGAAGCCCUACCUGUGUGACGAGGAGGAAAAUGUCCACGAGAACAUUGUGCGCUAUGACGAUGAAGGUGGCGGAGAGGAAGACACUGAGGCCUUCGAUAUCGCCGCAAUGUGGAACCCACGUGAGGCGCACCAUCACCUGGGCAAGAUGAGACAGGACAUGCUGCCAGAGAUUGAAAGCCUGUCACGUUACGUCCCUCAGGCGUGCGUCAUGGGCGGUGGCGGGGAUAGUAACGUUCACGGAUAUGUGCUGGCGAAGCUCCUGGAGGCCGACAUGGACCCAUGCGCCCCACCUUACGACUCCCUGCAAACCUACGCCUACGAGGGGGAAGGUUCGGUCGCUGAGUCGCUCAGCUCGCUCCAGUCGGGGACAUCCAGUGCCGACCAUGAGUAUGACUAUCUCAACGACUGGGGGCCUCGGUUUAAAAAACUCGCCGAGAUGUAUGGCGUACUGGAGACAAACAGUGCUCCAAUGUGGUAGAACACCUGAACCUUUGCCUUUUUAAUUUGAGAUAAAUUACAUGAACAAAAAGAUAAAAGAGACAAAAACAUCAGAGAAGUGACACAAAAAGUGUGCAAGAAAGACACAAAAAGCUGGGAUGUGUUCACGUUCACAUCCAUGACAGUUAGCACUUGAAUUCCUGCCGAAGCCUUGGUUCUCCGCAGCCUUGAAGGCCUGAGAUGCCCGCAGCAGCAGUGUGAGCUGGUUUUAAAUCUCCCCCAGAGACGGGCUGGAUUGGCAGCCUCAUGAGGCCCGCAAAGGAACGGCUUCAAAGCACAUGUUAACUCCCCCGCCUGACCCACCCACAGGCAGAGCCCCUUUGGUUCAAAGUGUCAGAGAUGAAAACAAGAGCGAGAGAGAGACUACCUUACUCACAGCAACACAGGAGACAAACUCUGAAAUGCUGAUCCACUGCUCUGAGUUUGGGCUUUUAUACGACCCAAGUCAAAGCGAAAGCGAGAAGUCAUUGCUGCGAUCGCAGAUGUGGGUUUUUUUUGGUUCAUCUGUGGCAGGUCUUAAUUUAUUUCUUUGUUUCAUGUGCUGUAUUUAUAUUUGUUGCUAACUUAUUUGGGUACUUCAAACCAACACUGUAGUUAAACUUUCGCUUUGUGAGGUAUUGUAACAUACAUGAUGUAAUUGCCCUUGUUUCAGUCUGUGUGAUGGAGUUUUUCCAUCUCUAAAUGUCACGUGACAUGCACAGGAGAUGGCAAUGUGUAAUCCCAUAUGGGUUUUCCCGGUUGAUAUGUUUUUUGUAUCAUUGUUUUUGUAUAAUUUUUGAGCUAUUUGUAUUGUAACUCUGUUUUUUCCCCAAAAACAUUAAGCAAUUAGACAGUCAUGAGGAUAUGAUGGAGGCCAUUUUUGAAAAUUUUUUGAUGGAACUGGAUACAUCCCAGCAGAGAGAGUCAAAUUCUCAAGCGGAAAGUUCUGCACAUCACCCCCGUACCUGGACUGGCACAUGACCGAGUCGCCUUUCAUUUCGGAUCUACCACCGUGCCAACCAGAGUCCGACGGCAAUGAGGCUUGAUCUGUCCUGUCAGAGAUAAUGUGUUGCUUUUCUGCCACCACACAAAUGUGGCUUAAUCCUCCAAUCAUGUGGACUUCAGAGACAUUGAUAAUCUGCAUUAAGUGCCAAAUGUAAAAAGGACAAAAAAAAAAGACGUUUUUGGAUGAAAAAAACUAAACAGCAAAACACAAACACCAAAAAAUAAAAAUGGAUUUUACAAACUGCGAGGGAAGAAGAUACAUUUUGAUAAUUUGAUUGAUUGAAGUUUACUUGAAAUCUAUGUGGUCAGUCAUACUACAGUAAGUGGUAUGUGAAUGUAGAUAUUUUUUGUAUUCUUGGUAAUAAAAAGGAUAAAAUUAAA